AUGGCCGAACCGUGGAUCGGGUUCCAGUUCCCCACGCGCAAGGUGUCGUGGCUCAAGCGCGACGUGCUCCUGUACAAUAUCAGCAUCGGUUGCAAAGCCGAUGAGCCUCAAUACGUCUAUGAAGGUCACAAGAGGUUUUCGGCCUUUCCAACACUACCACUCGGACUAGUCUUCAAACUCGACACUCAGGAAGUCAUAGACUUCUACGCCACCCAGGGAGCCGUCAAGAUCCCCGGAGUCCCGGAUCUGGACCCCACGCGGCUGGUCGACGGCGACCGGACGCUGCAGGUGGUCCGCCCGCUGCCCGUCACCUCGGCCGGCAGGCAGUUCGAGUUCCGAUCUCACGUGCUCGGCGUGUGGGACAAGGGCAAGGCCGGCACCGUGGUCCGGUCCGAGGACGCCCUCGUCGACGCCGAGACGGGAGACGUCUACGCCCGCAACAUCGGCAGCCUGUUCUACGUCGGCCAGGGCGGAUGGGGUGGCCCCCGCGGCAGCCCGGCCGACAGGUUCCCCCCUCCUGAUGGACUCGUGCCGGAUGUAGAGUUUGAUCUGGUCAUUGAUCAGACGGCCGCUCAUCUUUACCGGCUAAAUGGCGACUAUAACCCCCUCCACGCAACCCCCCAGUACGGACAACGCAUGGGCUUCGGAGGGAUCAUCAUGCACGGCGUAUUCGCCUACAGCCAGAUCGCCCACGAAUUCGUCCGACGCCUGGGCGCCUCGGACCCGACCUGUCUGCGAGAGAUAUCCGCCCGCUUCUCGGGCCCCGUCAAGCCGGGGGACACGGUCAACGUCAAGCUGUGGCACGUCGGGGCCGCCGCGGCCCCCGUCGAGGGAGACGUCGGCGACUACAGAUGGACUGCGCAGGUUCGUGGAGCCGGGAAGCUGUGUCUCUGCGAUGGGACGGCACAGCUGAAGAUCGAUGGGGGCGCUAGUAAGAUCUGA